GGGAGGGGAACGAGUUGCAGCCCAAACCGGCUUCUCGCAGCGAGAUGGACGCCUCGAGUGCUUCCCGGUGACCCCGGCUCCGGUACCCUCGGCCAGCGCUAACACGCACGCUACACACGCCACCGGCGGGUAGCUCCGCCCCGCAGAGUGAGCGGGCAGGGGCGGGCCGCACUGCCUUUGUCACGGACGCGCCUCUACGCUCGACCUCUAGUUUUUGGGGGUAAGGAGAAGGUGACCGUUGGACUCGGCCCUCUGCAGCCUGCCCGCCCCUGUGCAGGGUACGAGGGCGAAGCCCGCCAGCAGCUCUGCCGCUUUCUCAUUGGCCGCUGCGCGGGGCGGUGUGGAAGAUGGCGCUGCUGGGCUCUCCGCUGCGGACCUUGCGUGCGCUCCUACGCGAGCUUCGCCACGCCAGCGGCGGGGCCGGCCGCCCGUACCGCGACACCCCUGCCUACCGGCACGUCCUUGCGGCCUUCCGCGCCCACCGGGUCACCAGCGAGAAGCUGUGCCGGGCCCAGCAGGAGCUGCACUUCCAGGCUGCCACCUACCUUUGCCUGCUCCGCAGCGUCCGAGAACACGCGGCCCUGCACCAGGAGUACCACGGCAAGGGGGAGCGCUCCCCUGAGGAGGUUGCUGGCCUGGUGGGCUUCAGGUUGCCUCAGCAGCCGGGAGGGAAAGGAUGAAGAUGAUUCUGUUGUGAUAUCUCUUUAGCCCUGAAUAAAUAAUCUAGAAUUAUCGAAA